AUGACUAGUUUCCAAAAGGUUGCCAAUUAUGACGUUGAUUCAGAUAAUCAGCAAAAUGAAAGACCUGCCGGUCAAUUCACAGAAGAAGAGCUUCUUUUGGGAGACGACUUGGAACUGGACGAACCCUUGGCUGCGUAUGAUGCUGGACAGGACAGCCCAAUUGAUAUUGAUGAAUUUGUAGAGCAGGAACUCUCAGGAAAGGAAGACUGGCCAGUGACAAGGGAUGGCAAUGAUGGACUAUUGCCGGAUGCCAGUGGUAGUAGUGAGCCAUCAGCAAAUCAAAGGAUUCCUGCACCACAACAUACAGAUGGUGUUUUUGCUAAUAUGGCAGCCAAACCAGAUGUAAUACAAGGCAAAGCUUAUGAGGAAAUUGAGCCGCCUUCCUAUACCGAUGCUGUGAGCGACCCCAGCCCACCCUACUUUGAUACCAGCAUCACUACAGGAAUGACUGAGGAUGGCGAGGUUUUGAUUGAUGGAAUGCCUGUUGGCGAUUCAUUAGCAUUUGUCGUCAAUGUGUUUGUAUCCAUGACGUUUGAUUUCCUUGGAUUUCUCAUCACAUCAUUGUUGGCCACUUCACAUGCAGCCAAGUACGGUGCUCAAUGCGGCCUUGGUCUAACACUUAUCCGAGUGAGUGUUCUUAUUAAAGAUAAAACAUCUAUUACCGAAGAUCAUGACCAAUACAAUGCUGCAUACGCUGUGGACCCAGUUGAGGAAAAACAGCGACGAGAAUGGUCGGCAUUUUUGCUCAUGAUUAUUGGGCUUUUUAUCUGUGUGCGAUCGCUGGCAGAAUAUAUUCGUGCAAGCAGAAUGAGGGAUGUGAUUCAGGCAUCUCCAGCAUCGUUUCCGGUUGUUGCUUGA